GUGGAACGGUUGGGGGAACUGAUGACGUAGCACAUCACGCAGCGCCCAGGAGCUCGAGGAAGGUGUACAGGACGGCUCUAAGCAUAUGACUUUAUUUACCUUAAAACAUGACACUAAACAGAAACCACUCGCAAAACGGAGGAGUACUGAUUAAUAGCGGCGAAAGCGUGCUGAACGAGUGCAAAAAUGUGGAGCUGUCCUUCAGCGAUGUAACUAACAGAACAGAACUGCUGAGGGGCACCAAGAAAGGCACUGUUUACCUGACUCCAUACAGGAUGGUGUUUGUGUCCAGCAAUACUAAAGACAUCCUGGGCUCAAUGAUGUUCCCGUAUUACCUGAUGAAGGGCUGCAGCAUUGAACAACCUGUCUUCAGUGCUAACUACAUCAAAGGCACAAUAUCUGCUGAACCUGGGGGAGGAUGGGAGGGCCAGGCUACUUUUAAGCUGGCAUUCCCCACUGGAGGUGCCAUAGAGCUGGGACAGAACCUGUUCAAGCUGGCCUCAAAUGCAUCACGUGGCCAGCCAGUACAAAGUGGGGGUCCAUCAUUUGGGUAUCCCUCCCCUGGAGUCAUGAAUGGUUUUGGCCUGUCGCCAACCCCUCACAAUUACCCCUAUGGGCAACCACCACAGAAUAACAGUUUCUAUCAAGUGCCACCUCAGCCGCCGGGUAACAUGGGUUAUCUCUACCCUACAGCACCUCCAGCACCCGGUGUAUAUCCAUCUGCCCCAACUGCCCCUGCCUACAUGCCCCCGCCACCACCAUACCCUGGACCUCCGCAGGGCUGGGCUGCCCCCACACCGGGACCCGCAGAUGCAGCUGGUAGCGCCUAUUACAAUCCUAAUAACCCGCACAAUGUCUACAUGCCCAUGGAACAGCCACCUCCAUAUGCCCCGUGUGCACCUUAUCCUGACAAAAAGAACAAUUAAGGCACCAGGACAAUCAGGAAAUGACGGCAAAAGUUUCUUCAUAGAUACCAACAUAGGAGACUAAUAACACUAAUAAUACUCCAAAACCAUGUAACCUUUCAACAGUAUUUUUCCCACUCCUUUUCUCUCACUUGAUCUUUAAAGUUAUGCUGAGUUAUACUUUGUUAUUAAACGUAAGUAUAAAAGUUAUGUAAUCCAUAUAGUUUUGAAAGUUAGACAUUGUAAUGAUAAAAAAUAUGACUUUACUGGUUUGCUGUUGAAUUAAUGCUCAAUAUGUUUUGGUUUUAAUACUAAUUUUUACUGAGCCUGUUUUGUUUUCCUGUUGUGAAUUUUUCAGCAUAUGCUGUUUUCGCACAGUGUUUUCACAUAGUAUUUUAGAGAAGGUAGGUAAGGAAGCCAAAGCAAUUUUUCAUAGCAAAGCUACAAUUUAUGGAAUGGUAUGUGCAUUAUUGCUGGCAGUAUGGAAGUGUGCAGUUUAACAGGAAACGGAAAACGUUAAAGCCAAAUCAGAUACUUUUGUGAUUUUUGGUUUUUGCAGAGCUUCUCCAUGGUCUGGCAGUAUGGUUAAAAGAAAACAGCUUUGAUAAACUAAUUUUUUUGAUACUUUUCUUACACUGUUUUCUAACAAUUCUCUAAUGCUUUUAGCUCAAAAUUUGAACCCAAAAUUAGAAUAGGUCACAGAAACAAAAGCAGGUUUUAAGGUCAUAUAUGGCUUUUGUCUCUGGACUCCUAUAGGUCACACAUGUAUUAAUGUGGGUGAAUGCUGCACACUUAUUGCUAACAUUUAACUUUUAAUGCACUCCUGAUUUUGGUAAUUUAUUUCCAGUUUUACCACUUUUAUGGAACUGUUUUUGCACAUCUUUGGGGUUGGUUUGACAAGUUAAAGUUAUGUAAAUAGGUAAAUGUUAAUGCCCAAGUGUUUUUCAGUGGAUUUCACUG